AUGGGCUCCCUUCCUCAUAUAGUAGAAGAUUGCGGGGGUGUUGUCCAACUCUUCAGUGAUGGAACCAUUUAUAGGUCCAAAAAUAUAGGGUUCCCCAUGCCAAUCAUCAAUGACGACUCCGUCCUCUUCAAAGACUGCCUCUUCGACAAAACAAACAACCUCCAUCUCCGUCUCUACAAACCUACUUCAAUAUCCCCUACAAAGAAGCUUUCUAUCAUACUUUACCUUCAUGGAGGUGGCUUUUGUGUAGGCACGCGUGAGUGGCCCAACAAUCACAACUGCUGCCUUAAACUAGCUUCUGGGCUCAACGCCCUCGUUUUAUCCCCUGACUAUCGUUUGGCCCCAGAACAUAGGCUACCGGCGGCCAUGGAGGAUGGAUUUAGUGCCUUGCAGUGGCUACAAGCUCAGGUUUUGAGUGACAAAGGUGAUGCAUGGAUCAAUGGUGGUGAGGUUGACUAUGACAAGGUUUUUGUUUUGGGUGACUCGUCUGGGGGCAAUAUUGCACACCACUUAGCCGUUCAGAUCGGGGCUGGUUCGACCGGGUUGGCUCCGGUUCGGGUAAGAGGGUAUAUCCUACUGGCACCAUUUUUUGGCGGGGUUGCCAGGACAAAAUCAGAGGAAGGGCCUAAUGAACAAUUGCUGAAUUUGGAACUAUUGGAUCGGUUUUGGAGGCUAUCUAUGCCUGAUGGAGCAAGUAGAGACCACCCAUUGGCAAACCCCUUUGGAGCAGGUAGCUUGAAUCUUGAACUGGUGGCUCUUGAUCCAAUCAUGGUGAUUGUAGGUAGUUGUGAAUUGCUGAGAGAUAGAGGAGAGGAUUAUGCGAGGAGGAUAAAAGCCAUGGGAAAGAAAAUCGAGUAUGUUGAAUUUGAGGGAAAGCAACACGGUUUCUUCACCAAUGAUCCUUACUCAGAAGCUUCAGAAGAAAUUAUUCAAGUCAUGAAGAAGUUUAUGGUUGGGAACUAUAGUUAA